CUGACUCGUUCCCCCAUCAUGGACGCUCCCACCGUCGCCGUCAACGGCUGCUCCAUCGUGGGCGUCUUCCAGCCCGCAUCGGCCAAGUACCCAAAGGCGCUGGACAUUUUCCACGGCAUCCCGUUUGCCAGCGCCCAGCGCUUCCGGGCCGCCGUGGCGAUGCCGCUGUCCGAGGCCACGGGCGUCGUCGAUGCCUCGCGGCCGGCGCCCUCACAGCCCUUCCCCAUGGCCCAGCACGCCACGGCGGAGAGCCCGCUGACGCUCAACGUGUUUCGGCCGUCGGUGUCGGCGUCGGCGUCCGAGUACGUCGUCGGGCCUGAGAGCGAGGGCGUUCGGGACCUGCCCGUGGUGGUGUAUGUUCACGGCGGCGCUUUCAACUUUGGGUUCCCGCUGGAGAGGGACUUGGCGUCGUUUGUGGCUUGGGGAGCGAGCCAGGUGCUGGUUGUGAGCAUUUCGUAUCGUCUGGGGGCGCUGGGGUUCCUGGCCGGGGCUCCCGAGACGCAGGAGCUGAAUCUGGGGCUGAGAGACCAGCGGCUGGCGGUUGAGUGGGUGAGGGAGUGGAUUGGCGAGUUUGGAGGAGAUGCUGGCGAUAUCACACUGCUGGGAACGAGUGCUGGGGCGCAUUCAGUUGGCCAUCACAUGCUAAAUCCAUCCCCCCUCCCCUUCCGCAAGGCUAUUCUCGAAUCUGGCUCUCCAACUGCACGCUCUGUGCUCUCUCCUUCACAUCCUCGCAACGUAGGCCAUCUCAACGAGUGCAGCAUGUACGCCGACAACAAGCCUCUUGACAUCCUCCCCAUCGACUCUCUCAUCCAAGCCUCAUUCACCGUCUACGCCAUGCACCACACGCCCGUGACUUGGCCCUUCCAGCCUGUCAUUGACGGCCCCGGAGGCAUCAUCCCCGAUUUGCCCCUGAACCUGUGGCGGCAGCUCGUCGACUCGGGCCGUGCCAAGGACAUCUCCGUCAUCACCGGCUUCUGCUCCCAUGAGGGCACGACGUUUGCCCCCCAGCAUGCCUCCACCAGCGCCGAAUUCCGCUCCUUUUUCCAGAAACUCAUUCCUUCCUUUUCAGCAGACGACCUCGACGCCCUCGAGCUGUUGUAUCCCGAUCCCCUCAUCCACCCGGACUCACCCUAUCGCCAGCCCCCGGGCAUAGGGGGCCCUCAGAAACGCCCGUACGGAGCGCAGUUCCGCCGCAUCCAUGAGGCUUACGGCCAUUACGCGUACAUCUGCCCUGUUCUGCACACUGCUCACACGCUAUCUCGAGCGGGAGCCCGUGUAUAUCUUUAUGAAUACGCUGCUCUUUCAUCUCCAUUCAAGGCGGCAUCUCACGGCGACCAGCCCCCCGCCGUAACACACGAUCUAAACAUCCUU